AAAUCUCCUAAAUUGGAGAGGCGGCUGGUGGGAUACUAAAAUAGGUGAAGCUGAAAAUUUAAUCUAAAUAUAGUAUUGUAGCCACGAAGGUUCGGAAGGAGAAAUUCCCUUAGGCUUUGCGUUCAUUUCAAAAAGGUGACCUGACUCCAUGACAACUACCCAGACUACAAUGAGUCAGCCUAAUAAAGCUAAUGAACGAGCAGCCUCCUCUACUGCCAGCGUUCAAAACCCAGCUUCCUCGUUCAAAAGAUUGGGCAGGAAAUCACCAUUUAUGAGAUAUGGACUUCCUAUGAUCUCACUAACAGUGCUUGGAUCUAUUGGUCUUAGCCAACUUCUGCAAGGCAGCAAGGAUAUAGCUAAAGUAAAGGAUGAUCAAGAGUGGGAAAUCAUCGAAACAAGAAAAGCUCUUUCCCGGUUUGGACCUGUCAAUGCAUAUAACCCCAAAAAAAUGAACUUGGAGGAAGAACUAAAGGCUUUGCAAGAGAAGGUUGAUAUUAAUGAUUAUGAAUAUAAGAAAAUCCCUAAGCCCAAGGAAAGCGAAUAAAAUAAUGUUAGUGGGACUCUCUUGUGCAAUAAUUUUGCAGCUCGUUGGCUUCUCUUUUGGACUGUCAUUUCACUGAUUUCUCUGCCAGGCAGCUCUUCCAUCCACGAGUUUCGUGCUACCGUUGGAAGUAGUUUUUACUGAGUUUGUAAAUGCUUUUAGAUGAGUAUGUAACUCUUAGUCAAAUUUUAAGUUUAUGCAUUCCAUGUUUGAAAUAAUGUGGGCUAUUCUUCCUUAGAUCUUAUUAAUUAACUUCUAUAUAAGAAACUGCUACCAGUUCCUUCUGGCUUGCUCUCGUGACUUGUUUCUCUUGAAAUUUGCCCACUA